AUGAAGUCGUCAAUUACCCUGACUGCACUCGCCCUCACGGGCUCAGUCCUUGCCGAGGAUGCGCUCUACAGCCAGCGAUUAACCAAGCGCUUUGUUGACGAUGAUGGACACUACAACAUGUCCUUCUUCCACGUCAACGACGUCCACGCGCAUCUCGACGAAUUCUCAAAGUCAGGCACCGACUGCGUCGACCCCAAGAAGGGCUGCUUCGGCGGCUAUGCGCGCAUUAAGCACACAGUUGAUGGCCUCCGCAAAGACCACCCGGACAACCUGUGGCUCAACGCGGGCGACGAGUUCCAGGGCACGCUGUUCUACUCCUUCUACGGGCCGAGCAAGAUCGCCGAGAACCUCAACGCGCUCAAGUUCGACGCCAUGACCCUCGGAAACCACGAGUGGGACGGCGGCGACGAGGAGCUCGGCGAGUUCCUCCAGAACUUGACUUUCCCUGUUGUCUCGUGCAACGUCAAGAGCGGCUACGAGGGCCUCAACAAGACCAUCAAGAACUACCAGAUCUUCAAGGAGCACGACUUGGCGGUUAUUGGUGUCACCACUGACACCACGCCUGGAAUCUCGAGUGUGGGAAACAAGACCACUUUCCUCGAUCCUAUCGCUGAGGUGCAGAAGUCUGUCUGGGAGAUUCGAAACAACACCGACAUUAACCGAAUUGUCGCACUCACUCAUAUUGGUUUCGACGUUGACAAGGAGCUCGCUGCCAAGACAGAGGGUCUGUCUCUCAUUAUUGGCGGUCACAGUCACACUCUUCUUGGCGAUAUGGAAAACGCCGAGGAUACAUAUCCCACAAUCGUCAAGAACGUCAACGGAGAUGAAGUUUUUAUUGUCACUGCCUACAGAUGGGGUGAGUACCUCGGCUCCAUCGACCUGACCUUUGACAAGGACGGCAAGGCUCUCGAAUACCACGGCGCUCCUAUCCACAUGACCAACAAGACCGAGAUGGACAAGGAUCUCCAGAAGAAGAUCGAGUCGUGGAGAGGUCCAUUCGAGGAGUUUGCUGCCGAGGUCGUCGGAAACACAAAGGUCGAGCUCGAUCAAUCCAAAUGUCAAGACGGAGAUUGUCUUCUCGGACAGGUCAUGGCCGACGCCAUGCUGGAGUACCGCCUCAACCAGAGCCGUAGCGACGACGACAAGGCUGAUUUCGCUUUCAUCAACGCCGGCGGUGUCCGCGCCACUAUCGACGAGGGUAACAUCACCCGCGGCGAAGUCCUGACCUCGUUCCCCUUCGGCAACGCCAUCGUGGAGCUCACCUUCACCGGCGCCGAGAUCAAGGAGAUCUUCGAGGGAGCCGUGACAGGCAUCAACCAGAAGAACGACAAGGAAAUCACCUCGUGGUUCCAGGUCUCCAAGGGUCUCAAGAUCGAGUACAACCCGGACAACAAGAACGGCUCCAAGGUCGUCAACGCGACUCUCGACGGCAAGGCUUUCGAGGACAAGCGCAAGUACCGCGUUGUCACGCUUGACUUUAUUGCCGGCGGAGGCGACAACUUCUUCAGCACUGAGACGAAGAACCUCGCUACGUUGGAUUCUCAGGACGAGGUUCUCAUUGGAUACUUUGAUGCGCACAACCCUCUCGACGCCAAGCUGGAGGAGCGCGUUGUCGAGACCAAUGCGACCAGCAGUGAGGAUUCUCAGCAGGAUGAGGCUAAGAGCAAGGGAAGCGGUGGAAGCUCUGGAGGUGACGGUAAUGCGGCCAGUGGUGUUCAGGCUUCGUUGUUCACUGCUGUGUUCGGUGCUAUGAUGGUUCUGUUCAUGAUGUUAAUAUGA